AUGGGGGGCCACGUCGACGUGGAGUCCGGGAUAUCGCACGCCGCGCCGCAUCACAGGGACCCGGCGAAGCUGUGGGGGGUUCCGCUUCGGAUGUCGGACAAAGACCUCGUGUACUUCCUCGUCAGCGGCGCGAUCCUGUCGUACCUCGGCGCGUCCCCGGCCCCGGCCCUCCUUCGAAUCGAAUAA